UAUAUAUACAUAUGUAUUAAAAUUAACAAAGUGGCGAAAGUAUUUACACACUGCGUGUACCAAGUGAUGACGUCAUAACGCCUGUUCUGAUUUCGUUUGCAUUCUUCGAUAAGGCAAACGAUAUUUAAAAACCAAAAAAAAAAAAUCAAGUAAAAUACUAAACCAAUAGUAAUAAUAAUAAUAAUAAUAAACAAUUAUAGAGAAAGAAGGUGAAAAAGAACUGUUUGUGUAUCGUUGCGCAUUGCGUUGUACGCGUAUAAUUUUUUAAAAGGACAAAGCAAGUGUUUUAUCCUCCGUUGCUGCAUUUGUGUGGUGGGUCUCUAUUCAAAUAUCCCAACUGUAUUGUCAACGAAGCUGCUCUGCUGCUAUAAUUGUGGCUGUGGAACAACUUGAUAUAGGCGUUAAGAUGAGACUUGAAGAAGAUUUGGUUAUACGGCGAAGUCGUCCUACAAUGAUUUCGGCGAAAUAUCGAGCUCGCGAGGAACGUCGUCGUUUGUUGAAGAUAUCAGCUGGUAAACUGCGACGUAUAGAAGAUCCGGAAGCGAGUCUUUGUCGAUCUGUAUUGAUCAAUAAUGCGGUCAGAAGAUUGCAGAGGGAAAAUCGUGAUGAGAAAUCGAGGAGCUACGGGUUGUCUGUUACUUACUUGGAUGAUUCAUCGAAGGAAAAUAGCCUGCAUGGAAAUAUGAAUAUAGAUAAUAUAGAGAAUGAUGUGUUGCAAAGGAAACGGUUGGGCGACGAUGACCAGGAUAUGACCAUUAGCCACAAUUCAAGUCCGAAGAAACAACGCCACGACGAUUUGGAUUUCCAAGACGAUGUUUUUAGCGAUUUUUACAUCCUGCCACCGACGCCUAGACUCUUAUCUCAUAUCGAUGACGUUGUGAUACCUCAGGUUGAUAGUAUAAACGAUGUUUCGAUUAAUAACGGUAUGGACAUUGUUGAAAACCGUUUGAACAUUAACAUUGACUCGUUAAACCCUACUAAAAGCCGACUAAGCUUGUCUGACAGCAGUAGUUUAUUCCUAAACGAUAUUGCCGAAAGUUCUUUGAACUGUAACGAGAACCUAUUGAGGACAUCGGACAGCCGAUUAUUCUCCACAGAAUCUGCUAUGAUGGAUGUUACCACGGACGGUCAUGACGUAUGCGACGGCGAGAGGAUCACAGAAUUUUCAAGGUUCUCCGAAUCCGCGAAAACCCUCGAAGAGCGGCUCGUCGACCUUCAAUCCCUCGACGAACAUUACGACUUGUCAAAGUUUGAACGCAACAACAAUCAAAGCUGCGGCCGAGCCUUCCACGAUAUACAAACAUUUCAUAGUCUCGUACCAGGUUUAGAAACAUAGGAAAAAUAACACAAUACAUAAAUUUUAUAUAUAUAUAUAUACAUAUAUGUACAUGUAUGUGUGUGUGUAUAUAUAUAUAUAAUUUUUAUCUACAUGUAAUGAUAAGUAUAAUAAUUAUAAUCACAGUUGUAUUCAAACUGUAUACAUAUUAUACAAAGUUGAUACAAAAAGGGUUGUUGUUCCGACGAGGAGUAUAGUUUCUCUGUGCAAUCGAAAUGCUUUUUUUUUUCCUAUUUUCCUUUGAUAGGUCGUUCUUUUUUCAAUUCUUUACUCAAAACUAGUUGAAAUAUUCAUGCAAUGGCAAUUCGGAUAUUACUAUACAUACGUUAUCUCUCUAUAUUUCGGUUAGACUUUUUUUUUUCUCUUCUGAUUAAUCAGUUUUACAUAUAAUAUUACGCAUGGCGAAGCGUACAUAUAACGCGCACAAAGAGAAGAAAGCAAGAGGGGAAACCAAACCAUUUGUACGAAGCAAACUUGUAGGUUGCGUUAGAAUUUUCGUUUACUUGAUUCUUUUGUAAAUUUAUUUUAUUUAAAAUAAAAUCAUGCCCGUCCAUUGGCAUGGUAGUUUCCUUGCAAGCUAUGACUUCUCUGGUAUAAACAAUUGUACACGUGUAUACUUUACCUACACAUAUUGUUUGUAUAUAAAUAUAUUAUAUAUAUUAAAACAAAACGAAAACAAAAACACACAAAAAAAAUAAAAUAAAAUAAAAAAAAAAUCGAAAAUACUUUUUUAAAUCAUGUUGACACACAAAAUGUAUAUUAGAAUAUUGAUGAGUGAAUGGGAAAAAAUUUACGAAUGAGGGAAGAAUAUAAGGCUAAUUCAGUAAGACCACGUUGUACAUAAAUAAAUAUAACGCUUCUUAAAUAUUUCGAUUCAUUUUAAACAAUACCAUCUAAUAGACCUAGGAUUAUGUUUAAUAUUGUUGUCUGUAUUGUUCCAUUAAUUUUAACGUUAACUCAUUAAUUAUUUCCAGAAUGUAUUUGAAAUUUAUGUCAAAUUUUUUCGUUUGUUCUAGAAAGUGUAGUAUUGAAUUACAUAUUUGAAUUUAUUGAUCGUUUUUUUAAUCAAUUUAUCGGUUGGUAUUUUCUCUUUAUUUUUUCUCGUGCACCUAGAAUUGCUUGUCUUUUUUUAUUUAUACUAAUAUCAUCUGAUAAAAUGGCAUGCGGCCGAGUACUAAGAGCUGAAUAGAUAUGUAUUCUGUUAUCUCGCGAAUAAAACAAAAAAACAUUUGGAUUCAAUGAAUCGCAUGUAUUUAAUACGAAAAAUUUUGUACUUAAGAGUUGCAAAUUAU